UCACUAUCCUCAUAUGACACGUACAUCACUGAAGGCCGCCUCAUGGGCCAGAAACGAAGCCCCUUAGGGUUAACAAGGCGCUCCUUGACUCAUCCGGUUUUUGGCCAGAAUUUGGAGAAACUCCGAGCAUUAUUUAUAGCCAGAUCCCACCACUGCCUUAUCAAGUAGCUAAUUACUUUUUUCACACUCAUAACUUAUGAAGGCUUGACCUUCUCUCAUCAACCCUCGUCAACGCUUUUAGCCCAACAAUAGAUACGCUUCUCGCAUCCAAGAUGCAUAUUCUCGUCACGAACGACGACGGUCCUCCGUCGCCGAAUUCUUCCCCCUAUAUUCGUUCCCUCGUCCAUUAUCUCCAAAAAGCCGGUCACGUGGUCUCCGUCUGCCUACCACAUACCCAACGCUCCUGGAUUGGCAAGGCUCAUAUGAUCGGGAAAAUAGUCGAGACAUCCAGUUACUACCCUUCCGCGGACCUUCACGCUACUGAGGAUACCGCCUCAAGUGAAUUGUCUCUAGUCAGCGCUGAUGAGUGGACCCUCAUCGACGGGACACCAGCUUCGUGUGUACAGAUCGGUCUAUACCACUUCUUUCAGGGGCGAGGGCCCAUUGAUAUCGUGGUUAGCGGGCCUAAUUACGGGGGUAAUACAACUGCCGUUUUUGGGCUUAGCUCAGGGACACUAGGGGCCGCGCUCGAAGCCGCAAUGUGCAAGCGGAAAGCAAUCGCCAUCAGUUUUGCCUCGUCAUCACAAAAUCAUAAUCCUGAGGUCAUUGACGGGGCGGCAAGGCACUCGGUCAAAGUCAUCGAGAAACUCUACCAUUCGUGGCCCUUAGGGGAUGAAGUGGAUCUUUACAGCGUCAACGUGCCGCUUGUCGAAGGCAUAGAGAACCAUAAGACGCUUUACACGGGGAUCUUUCAAAAUUACUGGGGCGACGGUAGCUCUUUUCAGGAGGUUCAUGGAGAGAUAUGUAACGAGGAUAACGAGAAGAAGGUUGGUGAGGGGGUCAAUGAGGAGCUGUGCAGCGGCAACGAAAAGUAUAACCAGGUUGCGGGCAGCAGGGGACAUCUGAAUAGGUACUUCAAAUGGAUGCCCCGGUUAGCUGAUGUGCAUCGACAAGUUGAGGAAGCGGCACCCGGAAACGAUGCUUGGACUGUCCAGGAGGGUUACACAAGUACCGACAUUAACGUGUUCACAGCGUAA